AAGCUAUCUCAGGGCCUGCAGGUACAGUGGGAUCCAGCAGGCAGGAUCAGUGGUGAGUAAGUAGCACGUGAACAAGGAGAACCUGUCUCUAGAGGAAACAUAGGGAACACCUGAUGGCUUGGUAAGACAGUUGGAUCCCAGGGUAGGCAAGCCGUCUCCCAGGAAAGCCUGCGUUGACAAGGGUUGCCGUGGACAAGGGAGCGAGCUGCUGUCUGGCACCACUUGCAGCUGGACAGGUGGCUUCUGAGGCUGCAGAAAUGGGGAUCAGAAGCUGGAGGAACCUCCUGGUGCUGCUGGUUGCCCUGGUGCUGGCGGCCAAGUUGGGUCACUUCGAAAGGUGGGAGGGCUUCCGGGAGAUGCCCAUGAGCAAGAAAAACAUGGAUCCGACACUCAACUUCUUCAUUCAAUCCUACAACAAUGCCAGCAAUGACACCUACUUAUUUCGAGUCCAGGAACUACUUCGAAGUCAGGUCCAGCUGACCACAGGAGUGGAGUAUAUGGUCACUGUGAAGAUUGCCCGGACGACAUGCAAGAAGAAUGUCACGAAGGAUCCUUCCUGCCCCCUGCAGAGCAAGAAGCUGAGAAAGAGUUUGAUUUGCGAGUCUUUGAUAUACACUGUGCCCUGGAUAAACUAUUACCAGCUCUGGAACAACUCUUGCCAGGAUUACUGAGGGCUCCUGCAAAGACCUUCGACAGGGCCUCAGAUGGCCGCCCUGUGCACUGGCUGUUAUAAAAUUGUAAAGAACCUUG